AAGACCCUAGAAUGAACCACUCAUUCAGAGUACCCUGCAAGAAGCCACAUUAGCUCGAUUAAACCUUCGUAGGCAUAUUCUGAAUAUAGUCUGGGUACUCAUUGUUUAUUUUAGAAUAAAUAUAAGAGAGUAGGUCUACAUUUGAUCAGUUCACCUAAUGAAAGAAGAUAAAUGAUGUUAGAGAUAUCCAAAUUGGACCUGCCAAGGGUACGAUGUCAGUAAUUGGCAAUAAGGCAAAGCCAGCCGUAUAUUUUGGUAGUUUGACGAAUUCUAUGAAAUCAAGACAUCAAGAUACCUAUAAAGAGUUAAAUAAUAACAGAUGGCAUUGGGUAAACGAUAGGAUCGUCCUUCCUCAGUAGCUGCAAAAAGUGGAUAGAUUAAAAAACAUCAGUGAACAGGGUUAUUGGGGUAUCAGCAGCUGAUACCCCAAUUCACUAAAAUUACAUAGGCUGCAAAUAAUAAUUCACUUAAGUUAAAAAAACAUCCAAUGAUAUCCUUGCAAAUUUCGCUAUCAGAUAAUUGGUUGUGUUAAUAACCAUGUCUUUAGCAGGAAGUAAAAAUUCUAUCGGUGUCCCUCAUACAGCGAGGGCAAAAUACCGGUAGAAUUGGAGUAUUCUAUUUAACGGAGUUCGGGGAUUACAAGGUUGAUGAACCAUUAAAAUAAUGAAAACCUGUUCGCAAAUUUGGUCUUGAAUUGAAUAAUACCGGCGGAUCAGUCAGUGCCAAGUUGAGAAAUAGCGAAUGUGGUCAACAAUCUUAGGGAGAUCUUCGAUUUCAUCAUAGUUGGAAGUGGUUCAUCUGGAUCAGUGUUAGCAAACAGACUGUCCGAAAUACCCACUUGGAAAAUUCUUCUUCUGGAAGCGGGAAAUGCAGCAAACGAACUGAAUAAGGUACCCCUUCUGGCACCCAUAUUCGCAGCCACUGGUUAUAACUGGAACUACACUACUGAGAGGCAGGAAGGCAUUUGUGAGGGUAUGGUGAAUAGAGUAUGCCCUUGGCCGAGAGGAAAAGCUCUGGGAGGUUCAACUAUACUGAACUACAUGAUCUACACGAGGGGCAAUCCUGAAGAUUACAGGAGAUGGUCCGAACGAAACGAAGGAUGGUCAUACGAAGAAGUACUGCAAUACUACAAAAAAUCUGAAGACUGCCGCCUAGAAUUCGAAACCUGCACCGAUUGUUUUCAUUCUUCCGGAGGGUACUUGAGCGUCGACCGUCCAUUUUCUUCCCCUCUAACAGACGCUUUCGUACAAGGAGGUAAAUUUAUUUCACUGUGAAAGAUAUCACAACCCUUAACAUUAAAACUCGCAGGUAUCCAAAUGGGCUCAAGACAGGUGGACUACAAUACCGUAGACUUCAUGGGUUACUCCAAAAUACAAGCGAACAUCA